AAAAGACAAGUCCAGCGGCAGGUCCUGCACCUCCAAUAUGGGAUGUACGUUUGGCCCUGUGCUGUGGUCCUGGCCCAGUACCUGUGGUUUCACAGAAGAUCUCUUCCAGGCAAGGCUGUCUUAGAGAUUGGAGCUGGAGUGAGCCUUCCAGGAAUUUUGGCUGCAAAAUGUGGUGCCAAAGUAAUACUGUCAGACAGCUCAGAACUGCCUCACUGUCUAGAAAUUUGCCGACAAAGCUGCCAAAUAAAUAACCUGCCACAGGUACAUGUUGUAGGCCUAACAUGGGGUCACAUAUCUCGGGAUCUUCUGGCACUACCACCACAAGAUAUUAUUCUUGCAUCUGAUGUAUUCUUUGAACCAGAAGAUUUUGAAGAUAUUUUAACUACAGUAUACUUUUUGAUGGAGAAGAACCCCAAUGUCCAAUUGUGGUGUACUUAUCAGGUUAGAAGUGCUGACUGGUCACUUGAAGCUUUGCUCUACAAGUGGGAUCUGAAAUGUGUCCAUAUUCCUCUGGAGUCUUUUGAUGCAGACAAGGAAGAUAUAGCAGAAUCUGCCCUUCCAGGAAGACACACUGUUGAAAUGCUGGUCAUCUCCUUUGCAAAAAACAAUUUCUGAAUUAUACCUACAAGCCUUUCUGGGACAAUGUCAAUGCCGAUUAGCAAACCGCCAUGUAAACUAAGAUCCGAUCACUUCACCUUGAGAGAAAAUGCAGUGGGCUUGAAGAUGCACAAGUCUGCUGGCCUUAGAUUGUCAUGUGUCACCUAGACAACACUCAUGGGUAACAACAAUGAAAAGAAAAAUUAAAACAUCUAUGGAAAAAA